AACUGCAGGUGGUAUAGGAAGAGAGGUAACACAGAUGCGGACACACACCCUGCCAUCAGAUUCCUCUGCAAUGCCCUCAUUUUUAAACCAAUCAUUUUAACAGCUUUAUCUUCUAGCAUUCCCUCCUCUUUCUCAUUUGUCUUCUCUUUUACCAAACACUUACCCCCCCUCACUUUCUCAUUCUUCCACAUUACCCAAAACUAGUAAAUCCAUUUCCUUCCAUGAUGUUUACAGUGAUGUUGAACCUGUUUUUCUUGAUUUUGUUUUUCAAAAACACAAAACCUUUGGAGUCUAAUGAGUUGGUGACUAUUGAAGAAGAACAUCAAAAUUGGGUGAAACUUAUGGGUUCUUUUAACCGUUCUUUCUUCCAGAAAGCAGAUAACAAGUUCGAACCUUGCUUAGCCAUUAAAGUACACAAGAACCCAAAUCUUGGAGAUUUUGUUUCAGUGCAAAAAGCCAUAAAUUCAAUUCCACUUGGCAAUCGCUGCCGGGCAGUUAUAUUAGUUAGUAAAGGAAUUUACCGGGAGAAAGUUAAUAUUCCUGUGAACAUGGCAUAUGUUACCCUGGUAGGAGAGGGAGCAGACAAGACCAUUAUCGAAUGGGACGACACAGCAGACCGGAUAGGGAAGGAUGGGAAGCCAUUGGGUACCUAUGCAUCUGCAACUGUUGCUGUUAACUCUCCUUACUUCAUCGCAAAGAAAAUUGGCUUCAAGAAUAAAGCACCAUCGCCACCAUCAGGAGCUGAAGGAAAGCAAGCAGUGGCUCUACGAAUCACGGCAGACAUGGCGGCAUUUAUACAUUGCAAUUUUAUCGGAGCACAAGACACUCUCUAUGAUCACAUAGGCAGGCAUUACUUCAAGUGCUGCUACAUCCAAGGUUCGGUGGAUUUCAUAUUCGGGAAUGGGCUGUCGUACUACAAUAGCUGCCAUUUGCAUGCGAAAACCGACAGCAUUGGAGCCUUGACAGCCCAGAAGAGGGAGAGCCCUCUUGAGAAAACUGGCUUUUCAUUUGUUAAUUGCAAGGUCACUGGCUCGGGUGUUCACUACUUGGGCAGGGCAUGGGGUACCUUCUCAAGGGUGGUCUUUGCGUACACUUACAUGGACAAAAUAAUCACUUCUGGAGGGUGGUGUAACUGGGGAGACAAGAGCAGAGAAAAGACAGUGUUUUAUGGGCAAUACAAGUGUAUGGGACCAGGGGCUGACUUCGAAGGGAGGGUGUCAUGGUCCAGGGAGCUCACUCUACAAGAAGCCAAACCAUUUAUUUCUCUUAACUUCAUCGAUGGCUAUGACUGGCUUCCUGAAUUCUGAUUGCCUCUCUCUCUCUCUCUCUCUCUCUCUCUCUCAAACACUGAAAGCACGUUAAUAUCGUCCUUCAGAAUCAAUAAGAUGGUCUCUCCAAAAUUGUGCUACAUAAUGAUAAAAAUGUGCUCAGUUUUGUGUGUCAAA